AGUUAGUUGGAGUUAAGCUCGUAAAGUUUAUUGUCCAAUAUUGAAAUAUAUUUACUGUGAAAUUUGUCCCACUUAAACAAGCUUUGAGUAUGGGUAUGUUUAUCGUAAUGACGAUGCUCAUUAUAACUAGCCAAGUAGUAUGCAAGAGAACUGAUGGUGGUAAUGGAGACCAAAGUUUAGACGAUCGUGUUGAGAGGCCUGCUGCGACUGCCACAUGUACACAGACGACGGGGGUCAAGAUGGAGUUACCGACAGUUUUCAUUCCGAUCUUGGCAAGAAACAAGGAACACACUUUGCCGACUUUCCUCGGUUGUUUGGAGAGUCUUCGAUAUCCAAAGAACCGUAUCUCUAUUUGGAUUCAAACAGACCACAAUAUUGAUAAGAGUGCCGCUAUGCUACAAGAAUUCAGUAAGGCACGGUCCUUAUAUCACCGUGUAGAUAUCGAGGUGCAAAACGAACCUCAAGCCUUCGAUUGGGAGAAUAGUCCAAGUGAUUGGCCCGAUGAACGAUACGUGCAUUUGAUCAACCUGAGACAGAAAGCUUUAGAUGAGGCCAGAUAUCAGUGGGCAGAUUACCUAUUAGCAGUUGAUGUGGACAACUUCCUGGAGAAUCCCAAUGUCUUACUGGAUCUGAUGGCGCAAGGGAAAACGGUGAUCGCCCCGAUGCUCAGAUCAACCAAGAUGUACUCCAACUUCUGGGGAGGAGUCAACCAUCAGGGAUACUACAAAAGGACAGAGCAGUAUAUUGAGAUAUUGAAAAGAAAUAUUACUGGUGUUUUUGAAGUCCCCAUGGUACACUCCACAUAUCUGAUCAAUCUGAAACAUAAAAUCUCUGCUCAGUUAACAUACGAGCCUCUGCAUGAUUUUACUGGUGACAUCGAUGACAUGAUGACUUUUGCCUACUCAGCCAAAAAAGCAGGAAUACCAUUUUAUGUAAUGAACAGCAACUAUUAUGGAUGCAUGCUGAUUCCAUUGGCUGCUAAGAAGUCGAUAGAAGACGAGAAAGAAAAAAUGCUGCACCUGCGUUUAGAAUCCAUGAUUGAUGAAGCAACCAUGCCUCUAUCAGAAUUUGUAACAGUACAACCGAGGCCGCAGAGCAAGCUAGGCUUUGAUGAAAUCUACAUGAUUAAUCUGAAGAGACGCCCGGAGAGACGGAAACGAAUGGUGACAACGCUGAAAGAUUUAGGAAUCGCCUUCAAAAUAGUGGAUGCUGUAGAUGGCAAAGCAUUGACAGAUGAUGACCUGAAGGAGUUAGGUGUGGAUAUGCUACCUGGCUACAGAGACCCAUACCAUGAGCGUGUGUUGACCAGAGGAGAGAUUGGUUGCUUCUUAAGCCAUUACUUCAUAUGGCAGGAUGUGGUGAGAAAUAACUACCAAAAAAUUGUGAUAUUUGAGGAUGACGUGAGAUUCAAAGAGUCGUUUCGACCAAAGUUUGAUGCGCUGCUUAAAGAAAUCAUGGCGGAAAAAUUGGACUGGGAACUACUCUACAUCGGUCGCAAGAUAAUGGAAGUGGACUAUGAGAAGUACGUUGACGGUUUCAUGCACGUUGUCAAACCAAGCUACACAUACUGGACUCUAAGCUACAUGCUUACUAACAACGGAGCCAAGAAACUCUUAGCACAAGAACCUCUGGGCAAGAUGUUACCGGUGGAUGAAUUCAUACCUAUCAUGUUUGAUGUGCAUCCAGAGGAUGACUGGGCGCAUGCGUUUCAUCCGCGGGACCUCAAGGCAUACUCCGUCAAUCCACUACUCGUGGAACCGACACACUACACUGGUGAAGACAAUUACACCACCGACACGGAGACUAAAGACAUAUGGGAGUAUGUCUUAGAAAGAGAAGGAGUCUCAGAAAAAGAGAAAGAAGGUGCGACUAAAAAGCAAAAAGGAUCCAGUGACCACCCAAAGACAAGCAAAGGGCGACUGAACCCAUCCGAACCAAGUGAACAAUAUGACGGACAACGGAUGCACGGACACGGUGAGGCACUAGCUGCUGACGACGGUAUAAAUGGUACACAUGCUGCAGAGUCAGAUAAGACGCCCGACUCACAAGGUGAUUCAGCCGAAUCAUCUAGUCCAGAUGUGGGAGUGGAUAGGGCUUCCUCUGAGGAUAUCAGCACCCAUACCGAGUUAUGACACCAAUGAGGGGGCCAUUUCAAUAUCCUGAGUAAUAAGAAGACAGUCGUAAGGAGAUAGUUUUAAACCCAGUCACAUCCCUCACUUUUGAAAUUAAGGGUAUUGUACAUGUAUACCAUUUGCAUUGCAACCGCGGCAUUUCAUCGCUCAAUUCCACAAGCUCAACCGUGUGAAACUUUUUACUAUCACCUUGCGUCUCCGUACGCGCACGUGACGCGUAAAAACCAGGGCGGUACUAUCACACACCUGGGUCGCAGCCUUAGAUUUGUUCCAGUACUGUGUUAUCUCUUUACCAACGACGCAUGUGCUUUAUGUGCGUACCGUGGAGAUCACUGUACCAGUGAGGACAGUUGUGCCAGUCUAUUACGGCAUACAUCAAAAUGGCGACCAGUGGUGCUCGCUUUUAACCGAGGAGGAAGUGGGUGAAAUUUUACACAAUAAAAAUAAAUGCAGUGUUUUGCGUGAAUGUUAAAGUUAUUAAAUGACACAAAAUUAACUUUCAAUUCUAUCUGUCUCCUUAAAUUAAAAUAAUGUUUCACUUUAUCCAAAUACUGCACGAUCAAAAACAUGGUGGAAUGGACCAAUGAAAUGCCGCAGCUGCCUGAUGAAUAUUUAUGAGGUAUAGUAAAACAAAUACAACAUGUUUUUGCGGGGAAAUAGUGAAAACAAAUGACCCAUUUAGUUUUCACUAUUUCCCGACAAACCAUGUUGUAUUUGUCUAAUAGCAGACAUCGUUGCACUGACUUGUUCAAUGAUACGUUCAUUGGUGCUGGAAAAGUUGGGGGAAAAAAUGCAGUUUGUUUUCAAUUGUCAUGGUGCAGCGUGAUGAAUCUGUGUUGCAUAGAACCCAUAGGUCACAAGAUAUGCCUCAGUGCUAGCUGUGUCAUGGGAGUAUUUGAA